AUUAUAACAAAGACAAAGCAGCGGAACACUCGCAUGGACAAAAAACUGAUUUCUUGCAGGUAUCAUUACAGUGAAUGAACAAAAAUCAGCAGUAUCUACAAGCUAUAGAGAGACAUUUAUGGUGCUAAAAUGGGAUCAACCAACGCAAUGCUUACACAGAUGAUCCAAGAUGCAGUUCUCAAACUCUGCACACAGAAUGUUGUAUUCAACAAAGCACUCGAGAUAGAUGGGAUAAUAUGUGUAUCCCCUGGAGACGAAUCUAAAGAAAUAGUCGUUAAAAUGCACAGGACAAUUGUUAAGCCGACAGAACAACAAAUGAAUCCUAGUUCUGAAGGUUGGCCAACUCAGAUUGGAAAUAGCGAUUAUUAUCAGCCUAAUAUUCCAACAACCCCAAGACAAUUAACAGACUCUGGGGGUUUCCAAAGGCGACCCUCACCCAGGAUAACGCAGUCACUCCCUCCUAAAAGACCUACAGUUAAUAGAGAAAAUGCUAAACCACCACCUUCAAGUCCAUACUAUUCCCCCCUCAAACCUCCAGCUAUACCAUCAGCGACUCAAGAGACACCAGGCAGCUAUAAAUCUGACAGUUCGACUGCAGUUGGUGAUGUAACAGUAAAAGAUGAGCCUCCAUCUUCUCCUAAAGGAAUCAAACGAUCUUUAUCUGACGAAAACACACCUACCGAUACUCCUGAAACUGAACAUUCUGCGAAUAAACACUCAAAAAUCUCAACUGAUACUACAGAUAUAAUAGAUGCUGUCGAACCUGGUCCCUCAGAUCUUGAUAUGGACAAUGUUAAUGUUAAACAAGAGAAUGAGGAACCUAUUACAAUAGAGCUGGAUGACGAUGAUGAUGAAGAGGAAGGAGGGGGAUAUGAAGAAGGGGAUGAAUCCUCAAUGGCUGGUGCUAGCUGGAUGGGAGGAGAUGACACGAUAGAUAGUAAUGCCGAUCCUAAUGACCCUAAUUCAGAUGGACUUAUUGAUAUGAGCUCUUACUACGUUUCUGAAAGUGUCAACUCUCACUCGGGAAUAAUAUACCCUUGGACUAGCCUUACUGGGACCAUCUAUACUGGCACUGGAAUAUACAAUCAAGGCAAACAGAACAAAGCAUCUAAUGCAAUUGGAAAUGAUGAUAGUCCACCCAGUCCAGUGCACAAAUGUGAACUUUGUUUGAAAACAUUCUCAUCAAAAGGCACCUUGUCUAGACAUAAUUUGUCCCAUACUGGAGAUAAACCAUACUCAUGUCCCAUUUGUGCUAUGACGUUCUUGAGGAAAUCAAAUAUGCACAGACAUUGCAAAACUGUUCACCAUAUAGAAAAGCUGUAAUUGAUUUAUACUUUACAUAAUUUGUUCCAUACUGGAGAGAAACCAUACUCAUGUCCAAUAUGUGCAAUGACAUUCUUGAGAAAAUCAAAUAUGCAGACAUUUCAAAACUGUCCACCAUAUAGAAAAUAUACUGGAGAGAAACUAUAGUCUUGUCUUAAAUCUGUAAGAUGUUUGGUUUAGGUAAAAUCUAGUAAAUCCUGAAGAUAUCGUGCAAACAUUGUAGAAUAGUUCAACAGUCUUAGAUAUCUGUAGAGUUUCUGCAUGACAUUUUGCCAAUUUGUAAAUACCUUGAGCUAGUUUUGAAUUAAUACUGUAUCACAUACUAACUAAGUUUAUGUACAAACCUUUAUUUAGUAUCCCAUAAUAAAAC